UGUGAAGGUUUGGGUGUGUCACACUGAGAGUGGGAGGGCCCAGGUCCAGGAAGAGUGCAGCACCUCUCAGUGUGUGACUCAUAGCAGUGUACGAGGUGAAGGAGUGGACUGCUCCAUGUCAGAGGAAACAAUGCAGAGCAUGAGUUCCCCAGGAGGCCGCGUCCUCUCUGAGGACCAGUUCACCUGCUCCAUCUGUCUGGAGGUGUUCGUGGAGCCCGUCUCCACACCCUGUGGCCACAGCUUCUGCAAGGCCUGCCUGCAGGGCUACUGGAACCACAGCAAGAAGUUCACCUGCCCCAUGUGCAAGAAGAGCUACUCCAGAAAACCUGAGAUGAGCGUCAACAGGGUCCUGGCUGAAAUCUCCUCCCAGUUCCAGGAUAUGAUGCAGGCCCCAGGAGCUGGAGGGGCCGUGGGAGCCAGGGACGCCGUGCGGGGAUCCACCCUGAAUCUGAGCGCAGACAUGAGCCCCAGGGGCUCCGCUGCAGGGUCCGGCUCCUGGGAGUUUGCCCAAGCUGGGGAGGUUCCCUGUGAUGCCUGCAUUGGAAGGAAGGUGAAGGCGCUCAAGUCUUGUUUGAGCUGUCCUGGAUCAUUCUGUGAGGUUCACCUAAGGCAACAUAAAAAGGUGAAGUCUCUGACAUCUCAUCGUCUGAUCGAACCCACUUUCAACCUGGAGGAGAAGAUCUGUAAGAAACACGAACGACUUCUGGAUGUCUACUGCCGCUCGGACCACUGCUGCAUCUGCACGGCCUGCGCCGAGACCGCGCACAAGACCCACGACAUUGUCUACAUUGACCACGAGUGGAAGAAGAAGAUGAGUAAUCUGGGUAAGAAGAGGUCGGAGCUCAAACAUUUGAUCAAGGAGAGAGCCAAGAAGCUGGAAGAGAUCAAGCAAUCCAUCAAAGUCAUCAAGGCCAGCUCUCAGAGGGAGCUGGAGGAGAGCUGGCAGGUGUAUGCCGAGCUGCAGCGCAUUGUGGAGCAGAGCCAGGCGGAGUUGGUGGAGCUGAUCGCCACGAGGCAACGCGAGGCCGAGCGUCACGCUCAGGAACUGGCCCGGGGUUUGGAGAACGAACUCAGCCAACUGAGGAAGAGGAGCAACGAGCUGGAGGCCUACGCACACACCCAGGACAGGGUGGUCUUCCUGCAGAACCUGUCGACGCUUGCGACCCCACCCGAGCCCGCCGAUUGGUCUGCGGUCAGCAUCAACACCGACCUGUACCUGGGAACCAUCCGAUCCUCCGUCAGCAGCCUCAUGGACAAGUUCCAGGAGGAGCUCAAGAGACUGUACGGGAAAGAGCUCCGGAAGGUGCAGAACUAUUCGAGUGAGGUGAUUUUGGACGCUUCCACAGCCCAGAGGAACCUGGUGGUGUCCGAUGACGGAGGCCAGGUGAGAUAUGAAGAGCGAAAGAACGCCCACGCUGACGGUCCCAAACGCUUCAGCCCCGCCCUCUUUGUCCUGGGCUUAGAGUGUCUCAACACUGGGCGACACUACUGGGAGGUGGACACGGGGCGCAAGACGGCCUGGACGCUCGGCGUGGCCAACGCCUCAGCCCGCCGCAAGGGAGAGAUCAAGCUGAGUCCUGAGGGUGGGUACUGGUGCCUGUGGCUCAAGAGCGGUGAGGUGAAAGCUUUGGCAAAGUCCCGCCUUCCUCUACUGCUCCCGUCCCCGCCCACUAAGGUGGGAAUCUUCCUGGAUUUUGAAGGAGGCCAGGUUUCUUUCUAUGAUGUAAAGGCGCGUCUGCAUCUCUACACCUUCAGGGAUACCUUUAAAGAGAGUCUAUACCCAAUUUUCAGCCCGUGUCUGGCCCAUGAGGGGAAGAACUCCUCUCCUCUCGUUAUAACCCCUGUCAAACACACCUGAGUCCGACA